AGAUUUUACCUCAAUCAUCCAAAGGAAAAACAAUAAUACUAAAAAAUCUACCCAACAAAGAGAUAAAUGGAUACAAUAUUUUAUUGUGCCUUCACAUUUGUAUUAUUCUUGCUAGCAGAUCUUGGAGAGAGUGCUGAGUUCAAAGUUACUGCAGAAGGCGAUUCUGAUAUUAGUCCGGAAUUGUUGAAAGCUUGGGAUGAAGCAUGUGCGGCUACGACUCCCAGCAUCAUUGUGAUCCCAAAAGGCACUUUCCAAAUGAAACAAGCUCUACUUAAGGGUCCAUGCAAAGCCCCAAUUGAGCUUAAAAUCAAGGCUACUUUGAAGGCCCCUCCUAAUCCAAAUGAUAUGGAAUGCAAAAAGGAAUGGCUAACCAUUAAUUAUGUAGAUGAUUUCACACUCUCUGGUGAUGGUACUCUUGAUGGCCAAGGAGAUGUACAAAUUUAUGGCCAAAAAAAAGACACAGGUUUUAAAAGUGAUAAGUUGCCUAAUAAUUUGAGCCUCAAUUUCUUAAAAAAUUCGAUCAUCCGAGACAUAACUUCUCUAAACAGUAAAUUGUUCCACGUCAAUGUUUUUGGUGGCAAGAACUUAACGUUUCAGAAAAUCACUAUUAAAGCGCCAGCGGAUAGUCACAAUACAGAUGGAAUUCAUAUUGCAAAAAUAUGUGAUGUUACGAUUAAAGAUUCUGUUAUAGGAACGGGAGACGAUUGCAUAUCAAUUGGUGAUGGGUUAGAAAACCUGAACAUCGAUGGUGUGACAUGUGGGCCAGGACACGGCAUCAGUGUGGGAAGCCUUGGCAAGACCCCUGGUGAAGAGCCUGUGAAGGGUGUCACCGUAAAAGACUCCAAAUUUAUUGGUACAGAUAACGGCCUCAGAAUUAAAACAUGGCCUAAUUCUCAUCCUGGAGUCGUAACCGAUAUACAUUAUCAUAAAAUAGAAAUGGAAGACGUCAAAAAUCCAAUUGUGAUUGAUCAAGAAUACUGCCCGAAUAACCAAUGCUCAAAAGAGAAACCAUCACUAGUAAAGAUCAGCAAUGUAAGUUAUACGAACAUAAAGGGUACUUCUGCAACCGAGGAAGCAGUGAUCAUUGCAUGCAGUAGUGGGGUGCCAUGUGAAGAUGUUAAAUUUGGUGAUAUUAAUUUGACCUUCAAAGGAGGAGCUGCAAAAACUGUUUGUUCAAAUGCGAAACCUAAGUUAACCGGAAAGCAGACCCCCCCAGUGACUUGCAAAUGAUGAGAGUUUUUGACCCUUUUUUUUUUUUUUUCAUGAAAAUGUAAUCAUAGACGGUUGGAUAGAAAUAAACAAGUAUGUGUAGCUUGUGGCAUAGGCCAUCCAAUAUGCUGCCCAUGCUUGGUUUUGAGCUGGAUAUGAUGUUGAAGUUUUUUUUUUAAUUACUCGUAAUAUUUUUAUGAAAAAUACUUUCUAUCC